UGCAUGUGACUUUCUUAGAAUUUUUUUUAUGAUUCCUUAAUGAUAACUUCUUUGUUUUAAAAAUUUGGAGGUUCGUUUCAUGUGGGUUUCGUGAUUCAUGAGAAACUACUUGCAUUUAUCGAAGAUGAAAAUUUGAAUGGAAUUAUUUAUCUACUGGAUUAUUCCCCUUUACGUUUACUCCACUUUACAAGAAUCCAAUUUUGAACAAAUCAUACAAACAUGACAAUCUUGAAACUUCUUUUUCUGGCUUUACUGUUUAAAACUUCUUUUUCUUCAAAUGAUACAAAAACUGAAGUUCUGGGUAAUUACCUAAAGCUAAAAGGCUUUAAAUUUUGCUAUUUCAUCACAAAUUAUUCUAAGCAGUACAUUAUUGAGAUAACUCAAGCACUUCACCGAAGCAGUAUCAGAAGUGCCAUUGUAAAAAAUAUCAAACAUUUAGAAACAAAUAUUCACGAUAAGGAACACAACACUGCAUAUAUAUUUACUGUAGAUGAUUCAGAUGCUGAUUUAACUCCCGCAAAAAAUUGUUUUACAAAUUUGACUCAGGGCUACAUUUUGCUAUUGAUCGCAGAUGCACAGCACCUUCAAAAAUCAUUAGAAAUACUUAAAGCUUGUGAUUUUGGGAUCAACUCAAAAUUAGUUAUUGUUAAAAAAAGUGAGUCAAGUUACGAAUUUUUUAAUUAUUAUCGAAAGCCUGGGUCCGGGUUUAAAACAAGUUUAAACGGUGUGUCGUUUUAUAAAGAAAGAUAUAAUUUGACUGGUUUUGUAGUGCGAGCCGUUAGCACAAAAAGCAUUGACUACAAAUACAAUGCCAAGACAGAACGAGAGGUCGCAGUGAGUCAGUUUCAUUAUGGUUUAUUUGCGUUACUUCAAGAAGUUCAUAAUUUUGCUCACGACAUAACAUUCAAAGAAACAAGUAAAAAUGGUGACUUUGGCAAUGGACACGUUUCAAAAUACCUCCAAAAUAACAAAAGCGACAUUUACAUUACCGGAGAGUUACAAAUAUCAUCAAAAGUGGACGAACUCGACUUUUUAAUGCCUUUUUACAAUUUCAGGACUUGUUUCUUUCAUCGCCUCCCUAAAAAAUCAACCGUUUCGUUUAUAAAACCCUUCUCGCGCAACACCUGGUUUGCGAUUAUACUUUCCACGUUAAUAUUUACAGCAUUCCUUAAAAUUGCUUUGGUGAUGAGCGAGGCUGACGAAACUACGUGGGCAAUCUCUUUCUUAACUGUUUUCUCAACUUUAUGCCAAGACGGCGACGACCCGUCCCCAUCUGAGCGCGACACUGGGUGCAAAUUAGUAUUUCUAAGCAUCUUAGUUCUGUCCCUCUUGCUAUUUAACUAUUACACGUCUAUAAUGGUCUCACUGUUACUGAGUGCUGAAGUGGAAACAGACCACACGAUCGAACACCUCGCCCGUUCAAAUUUAGAAAUCGGGAUAGAAAACGAAUUUUACGUUAAAAGUUGGUUGGAGAACGUCAAUUUCACCGACGUCCAACACUUGUAUAAAGCAAAAUUGUCGAAACUGGACGGAAAAUCCUUAAAUACUUUCCCAGCAUCUGAAGGACUUGUCAGACUUGGUGUUGGAGGUUUUGCCUUUUACACCGACACAACAACAGCUUACGGCACAAUUGGUGGAUUCGCUCAAGAUCAGAUUUGUAGUAUUGCUCAAACUGAGAUGAUUCCUCCCAUUUUUGUUGGUCUGGUCAUGGGGAAAAAAUCACAGUACUUUGAAUUAUUCCAAAUCAGUUUGUUGAAAUUGCGACAAGUUGGGUUAGUUCAUAGGAUUCAAAUAAAGUGGGGAGUUGCUAAGCCGGAAUGUUACGGGAACACGGAAGUGGUUCCGGUGGGAAUGGAGCAAGGGGUUGAAGCACUGGCUUGUCUCUUAAGUGGGCUUCUGUUGGGUCCGGUGGUGUUGUUGUGUGAGGUGUUUUUAAAGAAAAGACGUGGGUAAU